AUGUUCAUCUUUUGUCGUGCAGGACCACGACAUUUUGACUGCUGUUCUGCAUUUGCGGCCACCUUCGUGAUGUUAAGAGGACGAUGUUUCCGUCUCGUAGAGGAUUUAUAUCAAAGCGACAUUUAUGGUACGGAUAAUCUGUUACUGUAUUUUAAUCGGCUUCGAGGCUUUCUCAUCCGCAACACAACAGGAGCACAAAUGAUCGCGCACUUAGGAGAUUCGCAUGUUGAAGUGGGUCUGUAUCCACGUUUAUAUCUAAGUGUGAACAAUUGGAAUCACUUACAUUUCUUUCAAAGGAAAGUGUCAAUGGUUCCUGAAAAAAAUCUCUGCUCAACUGAUCCUCUAAAUCAAGGUCUUCACAAAGGUAUCGUCGUACACUUUAAACAACCGGGAUGUGAUUGGAAGGUUGAUAGACUCAUGGUGUGCUUACCAGCUUGUGAACGUGUAGAAAAUCACUGGCAAAUGACGUCUAACGUAGACGAACGUGCACUGGCUCAAAAUGGAUUCGGUUUUGAAGCGUCUUUCAACGAGAUGGAGUACGAGUACUACUUGGAGACGCACACCACUACACCAGCACGUUUCAUUUCUGAGCUAGGUAGCCAGUGUGGACUGUUCGUCGGCGGUUCGCUGAUGACGCUGAUCCAACUGUUUUUCACUGUUGUCAUGUUUAGUUUCGGCUUCAUUCGUAAAGCAUAUCGUACCUACAUUGCCGUAAAUUACUAG